AUGAAUCGUGGGCAUGUGUUGCAGAGCUCGCCGGUGCAGCAGCAGAUCAUGAUGGCCGCCGGCAACCCCAACAACUGGUGGAACAUGAGACCUCCUCCUCCUCCAACUACGACGUCGUCUCCCCACCAUCAAAACCAGCUUAUUCCAAACAAUUACUCGUCGUCUCUUUUCCUCGACCCUUCACCUUCCUCUUCCUCUUCCUCCGCCUCCUCACUUCCUUUCACUUCUUGGCACGAAGCUCCUCCUCCUCCCACCGCCGCCGCCGCACCACAACAAGUCCACCACCAACUCCCCGAGUCAUGGAGCCAACUCCUCUUGGGAGGAAUAUUGAUGGCUGGGGAUGAAGUGAAAGGCGGAAACCAGAUGAGCCUGUUCCAACAAGCUUGCAAGAAGUUUGAGAACGACCACUGGGAAGAACAGCAACUAAUGCUCAACAACAACAACAACAACGCUGAAGUAGUGAAGCAAGAAAUCCCUGCAGGAAGCUAUGGAAAUACGUAUGAUCACAGCCACCACCAUCAUGGAAACGACGGCGGCGACGACCACCACCACCAAGCUGUUAAUUGGUCUCAUCACCAAAUCAUGGCUAACAAUAAUAGCUCCACCGCGGGCAAUCAGAUCGAUCGUCAUCAUCAUCCACCGCCUCCACCGUCGGAGUGUAAUGGCACUGCUGGUGGUGGGGCUGCAGCGAAGAAAGCUAGGGUUCAGCCUUCUUCUUCUUCUACUACUACUUCAACCCAAUCUCCCUUCAAGGUGAGAAAAGAGAAAUUGGGAGAUCGGAUCACUUCUCUUCACCAGAUUGUGUCUCCAUUUGGGAAGACUGACACAGCUUCUGUCCUGUUAGAAGCCAUAGGGUACAUCAGAUUCCUUCAAAGCCAAAUUGAGGCACUCAGCUUGCCCUACUUGGACAGUGGAUCUUCAAACAUGAGGCACCAUCAGCAACAGCAGAACCAACAUCAACAUUCUUCUGUUCAAGGAGAAAGGAAUUGUGUGUUCCCAGAAGACCCUGGUCAGCUCUUGAACAACGAUGGCAGCAGCUGUCUCAAGAGGAAAGCAGCAACAACUUCUGAUCAUCAUCAACAGGAGCCAGAGAAGGACUUGAGGAGUAGAGGGUUGUGCCUUGUCCCUCUCUCUUGCACACUGCAGGUUGGCAACGACAAUGGGGCGGAUUACUGGGCUCCAUCCUUCGGAGGAGGAUUCCGGUGA